ACAUACACGACACAGUAGGUGGCGACAUAGUUGAGUUGGUUAAUAGUUCGCCAAAAAAGAAUGGAUGUCGAGGAAGCGUAAUAGCUUAAUAUUUUAAACGAUUUUCAAUCAGAUCCCACAACAGAUUCCGGGACUAUGGAGAGUGAUGAGAUGGAGUUGACCAGGGAGGAGUUGCAGAAGUUCAUUUGUGACAGUGUGAACCACAGGCUGCUACAUACUCCAGAAGUGAUGAACAAACAAAGCCAGCUCGUCCACCUGUGGGAUAGAAAGGAGAAACUCUGCACGGAUCUUUACAAGCUCUUUGAGUCUGUUUCAAAAUGUGAAGUAACUGUAAGACAGCUGUAUGCUAAGCUGGGAUGGGAAUAUAAAGACUUAAACACAGAAAACUGCAGUGAUAGUGCCUCACUUUGUGGAUUUAUAAUGGACAAUACUGAUGUGGGAUGUGCUUCUGCUUCAAGUGGUUUUACUGCUAAUUGUUUAAAGACAGAGCAGGAAGAAAUUAGGACUGAGCACAAACGUAAAUGGCCAGAGCUGACUAAAGAAGUGAGGGUGCUACUUGAACGGCUUCCCAUGGACCUGAGACCUCGACGACCCACCUGCCCAAAACUCCUCAAACUAGCGCUCAGUGACGAUGAGCUCUCAAAUGGCGACUCUGAUUAUCACCCAAGUCAACACUCCAGUGAUUCAGACUUUUCAUUAUCAAGUAAAAAAAGUGAUCAACACAAAAAGAAGAAAUUCAGAAAAACUGAAAAAAUUGCCAAAGAAACACCAGUGCAGCAAACCACACCAUUACAACAACAAACAACUACUGUCAAACCCACUACCACUGUUCAGCCAGCCAAUAUCAAGAGCACUAAUAUAACUAAUGGCAAUAAACCGUCAGCCAACACAAAUGAUGCACUCAAGAAUAUGUCAAGUGGGAUAGCAAAAGUGAAAAAAGAAACCAAGCCAUUUGUAGUAACCGAGCCAAUUAGACCAACCAGUUCCCUUCCUCUUGUGCUUCAAGAAGUUUGUGUGGGAAUGCAGGUGUUGGCGAGAAGGAAGCGAAUGAGAUGGGAGAGUGGUACAGUGGCUGACAUUGUUGAAAAAGAGGAUGGUACAAAAAAGUACAAGGUUACUUUUGAGGACAAGGGGAAAGUGUUGGUAUCGGGACAUCAUAUUGCCUACAUUGCCGUGCCAAAACUGCCACACCUGUCUGUGGGCGCACGAGUGCUGUCUAAAUGUAAAUCUGAACACACUUUCUUCUCCCCGGGCAUCUUGGGUGAACUCCCAUCAAGAAAAAAUCACAUGAGGUUUCUAAUAUUUUUUGAUGAUCACCGUGCACUCUAUGUUGCAUUACCUGUUAUUCGUAUAAUCUGCAAACCAUUGUCCAACCCUCUGGAUGACAUUCGAGAUGAAGAACAUAAAAGUUUCAUGAAAGAAUACCUGCAGAGAAUGCCGUACCCUCCACAGACACAGUUCAGAUUGGGUCAGUCCAUUAAAGUGCAGCUCAAUGGAGUCAUGGAAACAUGCACUGUUUUGCAGACAGACAGCAGCUUGAUGGAGGUUGUUUUUACGAAAGAUGACCAUAAGGAGUGGAUAUAUCGAGGCUCUAUAAGAUUGGAACAUAUUAUAAAUGCAAAAGACAAUUCAAACGAAUAACUGUUUUUAUUCUCUGUCUCCACCUUAUUUGUCUUUGUGUUUCUAUUUCUAAAUUCAGCACAACCUGUAUAACUAUAACUUUGCAACAUCUCAGCUUUAUUUCAAUAAAAUUUAAUUUGUUAUGGAAUAUGUAGACGUGUGUAUGUUAAUGUUUGCAUAUAUAAAGCACUUAUUUUUAGAUAUUGUAAAUAAAUUAUUCAUUUU